CUCUAAAUUCUCCAUUUUGACUUCUUCGUCUCCGCAGUGUCCCGCGUCUACGACUCGUGGCAACGAUUUGUCCAGCUGCAGCUGCAACUCCGUGAAUUCUCAAAAUGGAAACGCCUAUAUUCAUCUUUCCCUCAAGCGAAUGUACAGAGGAUAGCGCGCCUAAGAAGGAUAUUCCUCCCCCGGAGGAAUUCUACAGGCUUAGGCUUAGUGAUUGUGAGCUCGCAAUUAUGGCUGACGACAAGGAGAGAUUUCUAGAUGCCAUCAAUGGAGAAAAUGGCAGCUUACCACCUACCGUGAGCCUAAGGAGUAUCAAUCUUGGUCUAUUUUUGAACGAUGCUUCAAAAUGUGCCGAAGCAGUGCUAGAAGGAAAAGCCAAACCACUGACUUCCAGUCACGCUUUCUUUUUUGAUGGGUUUUAUGAGCUUCACAAUGCUGCAAGAUAUCAGUCCCUCAAAAUCACGAGGUUGUUUGUUGAACAUGACAAAAAUAGAGCCAUGUCCAAUGCUAGAUGUGAUGCCAGGCUGGGUUUCUGUGAAGCUGAGGUGCUUCCUCUCCACAUUGCACUUGCAAUUCCUGCGAAUGGACUUGUCUUUGCUGAUUGGGUUGAUAGAAAUGGAGGCAGUGACGCCUUUAAGCUUAUCUGUAGACUUUGUGCUCCAAGUAUGAGGCACAGUUUGGAGAUUGCGAGAUUGAUCGCCCUGAAGACAAAUAAGAUUGAAAAGGAAGCCCUUAAUUAUGCAAUGGAAGGAAAAAUUGUUGAAUUUUCUAUUCUGUUGAUGGUAGCCUCUGAAAAAGUGCUGAGGACACCGGUCUAUCCAGAGAUUGAGGAUAAUGUACGUAAAAUGUUAUCAGGCAAAAUCUAUUUUCUGUUUUCGUUUUUGGCUGCAAUACUGGCUCAAAGUCAACAAAGAGGAAGUUGUAAUACAAGUGCGUUGCAAGAGUGCAUGGAGAAAAAGGACAAGCUUAAGCAAAUAUUGGUAUUGCUCCAAAUAUUUGAGACAAUCGGGGACAAACUUGCUAAGUAUCUUCAGUUGGAACAACCCAAACCCUCUUUUGUCGAGGUUACUCGACAAGUGGGUCACAUCUUUGAGGAAGGCGGCAUUCAUUCUCGGCUUGAGGUGGUAGAAGAGGAUCCAAUGAAUAAAACGUAUUAUCGGCAAAUAAUUGGUGACCCACAUGGAAUAGGUGAAAACGGUAUUGUGCAUAACGUUCUUCCAUCCCGAUUAUCCCUUGUUAAUCCUCUUCGCUAUGAUCUGAAGAAGUGGUCUGCAUAUACUAGAUCUCAGUUGCGUUCGAGUCGUGCCCUAUCGUUUGCAACUGUGGAUCGGGAUGUUCCUCCUAUUAAGCCUAUGAGGUACGCAAGGAAGUACGUGCCUCAAGUAUGUGAUCAGAAGUUAUCCAAACUCCUCUCUUGGGGGACUUUGACAAGGGCAUUGAAGCAUGCGUGAUUUGAUCUUUUAAGUUGUCUGUGUGUUGUUUUUAGGUGUCAGGAUGUCACUAUUUGAAACCCUUUCUGUAACAUUAAGCUGUCCAUCUUUAUUUCCAGCCUGAUUGUUUCAUAUGCUUACCAUGGAGUUUGAAACAAAUAAUUUAUCUUAUAUCAUGGAGUUUGAAAUAAAUAAUUUGUCUUAUU